ACAUUUUUACUUGAGUAUGUUUAUUUUUGUUUUUCAGUAUUAAUUCGCUAUAAAAUCUCCUAAAGAAACAAAAAGAUGCUUUGAGUUAGCUCUCAGGAGUCACAAUAGAGAAAAGGCUGCAGAGACCAGCCAAGCCGGAUUCUGGCUAUAGCCAAACCCGAGGGUAAAAAGGCUGUAUUAGAGUCUCAUAGUGAAGAGAGGAAAGUUCCAGAGGUUAUGGGAAGGUGAGCUCCGGCUGGAACGUUGAGUCUUGCUAUUCUGUCAGCUGCCUGUUUACUGCUCUCUCAUUCACUACGGGAGCAGAGGCGAGGACACUCUGCAGAGGCCCUUUCCUGAAUGAGACAAUAGGGCAAAGCCUGAGGACCGCUUCAAUGUUCUGCAAACUUGACCUAUGCUUCUUACAAGAGUAUUUUCAAAACAGAGCUCUUUUGUGCGAUUUCUGAGACUUGACAUGUGACCUAGCAAAGGCCUCAUGCAAUGUGACCAGCCUACAAUUCAUUCACUUAUUCAAAGUGUACUUACUGAGUUUUCUAUGUACCAGUCAGCAUCCAGAAACUAGGUGUGGGUACUGUGCUAACCAGGACCUAGAGGACCCAACUUUACAGGACUUUCAAACAAAGCACAGCUAAGUUAGAAGAUCACUUCUAAGGGUGGCCACAAGCAUAUGGAGGCCACCUGGAGGAAAGGGCAUUCAUUGGUCAGUGAGGCUGAGGCUGCACAAUAAGUCCCAUGCUUAAUAAGAGUCAUGCACAAUCACGGUCAGAAGGAAAAGGCAGGCAACAGACCAUAGACAACCUACGGGACAACGUAACAAAUUUCUGUCAAUAGUUAAGGUAGCUGAGAUCCACUAGAGGACUUUAAAAAGGGGAAUACGGCGAUCUAAGUGACUACACCUGCAGCUGCCUUAAACAACCAGCAUGCGUGUAUUCUGCAAUUCUCUGUGACUAGCCAAAGGCCUCAACUAGUUUCAUCUUGUUUCUUUGAUAACCUGUCGUAGUCUCUGAGACACAGCUAGUGGAGGACGAUGGUUUGAGGCAUGGUUAGAGGCAAACCUUGUGUCAGGGCCCAAAGCUCCUAAGUAGCAAACACUAUAGGGUGCGGGGGCAAUGUAACCGAUUUACACGUAGCGACUGCGGUUGACCCGAUUACAGCACACUUUCAGAAAUGUUCUCUUUCGUCAGUUAACCAGAGGGCUCCGGAGAGGAGUACCGGGCACUCGUGGAACUGCCGCCCACGUCCCUCUUGCUCCCCUCUCCUUUCUCUGGAGUGGAACAGAGAGCAACAGUCACUCUGCGAAAGGCGCCAGGCCAAGCGCAGCCUCAAUGCGGCCAUUGUCAUCAAGCCGCACCUCCCCCGCUCACCGCGCGUCCCCAUGGCAACCCCGGGCAUCGGCUCCCCCAUUUCCCUCCCGCCCCCCGUCCUGCGGACCGGAAGCCGUGCGCGCCGGGGGCUUGUGGGAAGCGGCUGGAAGCGGCGGCGCUGCGUCUGCCCGGGACGACGAGGCUGCGGCGGGUCCCGAGCCAGAGGCUCUGGCGGCUCGCGUAGGAUUCUGGGAGACGCUCAAGCUGAAGUGGGAUCCGGCGGUUCUCGCGCACCACCUACUGGGAUUUGUAGUCCUGCUGGUCCCGGGCGGAAGUGCCUGUCCAGUGUGGCGGGGCCUCUGCGGCCCUCCUGGUGAAUGCUGGGAAGAGGACGGCCGAGUUGCUGGGGCAGGCUGGGCACGGCGCUGUGAGGCGGGAGGUCGCUGAAGACCUGGAUCCUGCCGAGUGCCGGAUUGCACAUUCCACGAGCUUGGUGCAGUACAAAGAGUACUUUUGAGGAAAACAGGGUAUUUCUCUGAGGUGUAUACCUUGCCUCCAUUGCCUUUUCUUGAAGUACUGUAACAGAAUGUCUGCACAGUCAGUGGAAGAAGAUUCAAUACUUAUCAUCCCAAAUCCAGAUGAAGAAGAAAAAAUUCUGAGAGUGAAACUAGAGGAGGAUCCUGAUGGUGAAGAGGGAUCGAGCAUUUCCUGGAACCAUCUCCCUGACCCGGAGGUUUUCCGGCAGCGCUUCAGGCAAUUUGGAUACCAGGAUUCACCAGGACCUCGAGAGGCGGUGAGCCAGCUCCGAGAACUUUGCCGCCUGUGGCUCAGACCAGAGACACACACAAAGGAGCAGAUACUGGAGCUGGUAGUUUUGGAGCAGUUUGUUGCCAUCCUACCCAAGGAGCUACAGACUUGGGUUCGAGAGCAUCACCCAGAGAAUGGAGAGGAGGCAGUGGCUGUUCUAGAGGACUUGGAGAGUGAGCUUGAUGACCCUGGUCAGCCGGUUUCUCUCCGUCGGCAGAAACGGGAAGUGCUUGUAGAAGAGAUAACAUCUCAAGAAGAUGCUCAGGGAUUACCGAGUUCUGAGCUGGAUGCUGUAGAGAACCAGCUCAAGUGGGCAUCCUGGGAACUCCACUCUCUGAGGCACUGUGAUGAUGAUGCCACGACAGAAAAUGGAGCACUGGCUCCCAAGCAGGAGAUGGCUUCAGCUGGAGAGUCUCAUGAAGGCCCCGGCACUCUCAACAUAGGUGUUCCCCAGCUUUUUAAAUAUGGAGAAACCUGUUUUCCCAAGGGUAGGUUUGAAAGAAAGAGAAAUCCUUCUAGAAAGAAACAACACAUAUGUGAUGAAUGUGGGAAACACUUCAGUCAGGGCUCCGCCCUCAUUCUUCAUCAGAGAAUCCACAGUGGCGAGAAACCGUAUGGAUGUGUUGAAUGUGGAAAAGCCUUCAGCAGAAGCUCCAUCCUUGUGCAACACCAGAGAGUCCACACUGGAGAAAAACCCUACAAAUGCCUUGAAUGUGGGAAAGCUUUUAGCCAGAAUUCUGGGCUCAUUAACCAUCAGCGUAUCCACACUGGGGAGAAACCUUACGAGUGUGUGCAGUGUGGGAAAUCCUACAGUCAGAGCUCAAACCUCUUCAGACAUCAGAGACGACACAAUGCAGAAAAACUUUUGAAUGUUGUGAAGGUUUAAGAAAUUAGGAGGAAACAAUCAGCACUCAGGUCUUUUUCUUCAGAAAUGAAGACAAAAUUAAAAACAUGAAGAGAUAUGGAAACUUAUUUUUCCCUGUUGACUGGGAAAAUCUACUGGGAAAUAGAAAAAAAAAACUUCAUUCACCAUUAUUAUCUUGAAAGAAAUGGUGUUAUACCUGCCUAGAAACUGAAAUUUUAAAUAAUUCAGGUGUUAAUACCUAAAUUUUUCUUGUGAAGUUUAUAUUCUCUUUUUUUUCUCCCCAAGUAAUGAGCUACCUGGUUCUUUGUCUCUUUCCUUUUUCAGACAGCUACUUUAUUUCUGUGUUGGUCAUUGGAGUGUUCUGUAAGGGUGCAUACGUUUUUAUUUUAAAAGGCAACAUAGGAAUUGUAAAAUCUAAAAGCCCAUCCUCAAGACUCAGAAACAUCCUUUAAAGCUUAGUUUCCUUUUGUUCAGGAUGAGUGUAUUUGAGAAAAUAGAAGAUAAAGGCCAAAGCCUCAGACUCAGAUGAGCCUUAAGAUCUCAGAUGAGAGAUGGUAGCAAAACUUCAGAGAGUAGAGGGGACACACUGGGCACUUACCCAGUGAAGCAUGUCACUUAGGUACAGUCAUCCUGUAGGAAAACUCGAAAAGAAAAGUGAUUUUACCUAACUUGUGGGAAUCUUACUAAUUAAAAUGGUUUUCCUGUGUAAAAACAGACAGUUGUAAAAGUGAUGGUAAGGCAGACACUAAGGAAGAAUGUAGUGAUGUUGAAAGGCAAAUGUAAAGUUAGGUAAUUACAUGACAUGGCUUUUAGAAAACCUCAAACAUCUAAUUCAUUUGCCUCAUGCUAGUUAAGGACAGGACAUUCCUUGAUGGGGUGGGUAACAAUAUCAGGUUUGCUAUUUUUAUUCCUUUGGUACACAAGGGUUUAACACCAGGCUAAAACAGCCAUACAUUUAUUAUUAAACAUUUCUACCGACAAUGCACUGUGCCAGGUACUGUACUCCUAUCGUCAGUCGGUAGGAAUCUGUUCCACUGUAAGUCACAAGGGAUUGAUUUCCCCUCAGCAUUCCCCGCUCACCUCUGAGAGCCCCAGAGUUGUAGUUCUCUUGCCAGUGUGCUGUGUUUGGAGGGAGAUGUCGGCUCAGAGUCAGCUAGUCAGCUCUUAGCAUUCUUCAGAGGUGAGUUCAAAUCACACUCUUUUAGUUUGAAAGUUAAUGAAUCUUAAAAAUCCAAACAUCAUUUCUAGUAGCAUUGUGGUUGUAACUACACGUUGAAUGAACUGUACUUUAAACAACUAAGCUAUUAAUAACUAGUUUAUUAGUUGUCAGAAUUGAUUUUUUUUUAAAUUUACAGUCUUAACACAUUUUUAAAAAAAAUUUAUUAAGAGUAAUACAUUUUAGUAGUAGGAUUCUGUAUGCCUGUAUACUUGGCUAAGAAUCCAAGUUCUGUGGUUCUACUAUUUAAUGGAAAACUCUGGAAGUUAAAGCAUUGGAUAAGAGAAGAGGCUUUUUAUAUAAGACAGGCACUGUUACAUGGAAAACUAUCCAUGCAAGUACAGAUAUUUCAUAGUUCCAGUGAUUUGGGUCAUAUCUGGUGCUUUGUCAAAUUUUAACGUGAAAAAUGAGAUUUUUGCCUGAGCCUGUUGAAAAGCAGUAAUAAAUGCCACACAGCUAGUGAAGUGAGGCCGAAUGAAGCUUGUUCAUGAUUUUCUGAUAACAAUUAUAAGAAAUGUGCUUUAUAGAUUUAAGAUUUAUUGAAGUAUAAAUAUGUAGUAAUGCUAUAAUGUAUUUUUAAGUUAUACAAGAAAAUGUAGGGACUUCUGUUUGGGUUUUUCUCUGUGGCUGAGAGGAAACAAGUUCAUGUCCAAUAAAGCUGCAAACUCCUCUGCUCUAGAUAAAGUAGCUUGGAAUUGCCUUACUUAUUUAUUAACAACUGGCUUCUCUCCCAGUAGGACUUUGAGUUGGCACAUUUAUAUAAAGCCCGCAGGGAUGACAGAACUCUUAGGGUAGGUAACCUCUGGGUGGAAUGUCAGGCUUAACAGUUUAGGAUAGAUUUGUCUCCGAGGCCAAAGCUGCAUGUGACGUGAAAGCACAGAAGUAGCAUUAGAGUUGGUGAACGUAUGAGGUCUGUCAGCCCUGACGCCGUGUUCCUUUUGAGAAGGAAGCUCAGACAAGGCUCUGUGGGGAGGGGACUGGACUAAAACCCUGGUGGUUUACAGGAAAAGGACGCCGUGGGCUUUGUAUUUAACCGACUGCUUAACCAGUUAAUUUACAGUUAGUGAUUGCUGACUUCACACGAUCACCACACAUAUUUUGGGAGGUACACAGUAAUGAAGUAGGCUGGUAACAAGUGCCAAGCAGUGGCCUAGCUAGCACCUUUCAGGUUAGCAAUUCUGUUAGUGCAUGCAUACUAACUGACCCUACAGUCUGUGUAGUGGCUUUUAGUGAUUUAAAUAAUCACAACUAGUUGAUGUUUGACCAUUGCAGCCCGUGUGAGUUUAGGGGAUGUUUUCUAUACUGAAACAGUUUGCUUGCUAAGCAUUGGAUUGGAAUGAAUACCGAAUCUCACCUAGAACUGUGGACUAGCAAAAGGACCCAAAGAUCAUGUGACUUGGACUUGGCAGGGCUACAACUCCCAAGGUCAGGUUUUUUGAUUGGUCUGUUGAGAGUGAUGGCAUAAGUGAAGUCCUGCUUACUAAGCACUACAUUUUUUUUCCUAGUUAACAAGCUUGAAAAGCUAUUAUAUAUGCCCAUUUGAAUUUUUCACAGUGCAAAAACAAAAGCCGAAAAAGACAUCAGAUUUAGCCAGAAAUAGUGAUAAUUGGGUUUAUUAUCCUUCCAAAUUUAGCUCUGUACAUGUUUAAGCAAACAUCUUUUAAAAUAAUAGCUGACCUUUGGGGUUGAGUACAGGCUCCCACUACAGUGCUUUAAUCCUCCACAAACCUGAGAUAGUAACAUAUCUCCAUUGCACAUCUGUAGUGAGACUUGCUUUCACUCCCUACACUGAUGUGGACAUUUUCAUAGCUGCAUAGCAUUCCAUUGCAUGAAAACACUCAACAGUCCAUCUAAGCAACCCCAUAGUGAUGGGUUAGUAGGUUCUUUAUACAUAAUAGAUAUGGAUGACAUCUAUAGACAUACAUUUACUACCUAUGUAGUUGGGUCUGUAAUACAAAUGACUAGAAAUGGAUUUAUUGGCUCACAAAAUAUAUAUUUGACAUUUUGGGGGGAACUACAGCUUACACUAAUACUCCAUUGGUAGUAAUACCCGUUUGCUCCUGUCAGUGCUGCUCAUCCUAGAGGCCAGUUCAUUUUCUUGUUGCGCCUUUAUUAGUAAAAUGGAACAUUUUUGUUCAUUGGCUAUUUUUAUGUCCUCAUCUGGUCUUGCUCAUUUCUUUUCUUUCUUUGUUUUAAUUAUGAAAGUAUAAAUAACUACAGUUUACACCAAAAAAAAAAAAAAGUAUAAGAGCAGAGACCAUUUUCUUCAGGGCUUCUGGUUGGUUCCACUUUGCAGUGUACUGUACAUCCAAGUACAGUUUCCACACAUUUCCAUAUGAAUAUGCAGAAAUGUGGACACCUUUUAAAUAAACUGGAUUAUAUGAGGAAUUUUAAGAUAUCUUUGUGUUAAACAUUCUGGUAUUUAAAUUCCUGUAAGGUGCAUGGUCAGCUACUAGACACUCUACUUACUCAUCAAUGUAAUCUUUACCAACUAUGAGAAGUGCUCAUUUCCCCACAUAGCCUUAUCUACACUUGAUAGUCCUUAUCUGUUUGGGAUGGGUAUAGAGAAAAAAAGAAACUGUCCUUACAUUUCUCUGAAGAAUAGUGAAGUUGGCUAUUUACAAUUCCCUGCGGGUUGGUUGGUCAUUCAUAGCUUCUACUGCUUUUGUAUGGGGUUACGUGUGGGUGUCUGUUCUGUAUUUCUCCCUGUAUGUAUGGUAACAGUAUGGUAUUGUGGAUAACCCAUCCCAUAUGACUAUGGUGAGCACACGAGCAGGCUUGGCAUAAGCCAUACAGCAUCCUAGCCACAGUGGUUAGAGAUGAGGCAUACAGUUUAAAGGCUAGGGAGAGUGCUCAACAGAAGUGCAAACACUGGCAAGAAGGUUUUGGAGAUACUGGAGACCCGAGGAUGAUGUGAGCCUGCAUUCUUACUAUAUGGAGGACAUAUUGGAGGAGACAUUCAGGCCAGCAGGGAUGGUGAGAAAACUUAAGUUCUAAUAUUUUAUUUGGGGGCCCUAGAUCCAGAUGUGCCUAAAGCCUGCCCUACCUCUGGACUUUAAAGUUUUUUGAGCCAAUAAAGUCCCUUUCUUGUUUAAGAUAGUUGUAUUUGGCUUCUGUCCUGAUUAAUAUAUAGGGUAUUUGUAUUUUCUUACUGAUUUGUAGUAAACCUCUGUAGUUUUAAAUUAUAGACUUCAUGCAUUAUAUAAGUUAAUAAAAUUAGCAUGGCUUUCUGUGA